CAUACCACCACAUGAUUUUAAUCAUUUUUUGGACCAGGCCAUAUUUCUGUCUUUUUACUAAAUUUUGAUGACAUGGACGAUGAAAUUAUUGAAUCAUAUACAUUGUGAUUUUCUCGUUAGUGUUCUAGAAAUAGUGCAACAUGGGGAUUUCGGGAUUGACAACCUUCAUGGAUGAUAAUCUCAAGCUUUUAAAGGAGUUUCCAUUGCAUGACACGAAGGUAGUCAUAGAUGGGAACAAUCUGUACCAUCUCAUUUUCUAUAAUAACCAUGUAGAUUUCCUUCAUGGUGGAGAUUACGACCAGUAUGCUCGUAAAAUCAAAGAAUUCUUCAGCCUCCUGAGCUCCUGUAAUAUUCAGCCGUAUGUUGUGUUUGAUGGUGGAUAUGAACAAGAUGACAAGAAAUUUCAGACAAUUUUAAAGAGAGUGCAGCAGAGACUUGAAAUGGCCAUGCAUAUGGCUAAAGGACAGCGAGGCAAAGUUAUGCCAAUCUUGGCCUAUGACACUUUCAGAGCAGUCUUGUUAGAAAUUAAAGUACCGUUUGCUGUCUGUGAUUUUGAGGCUGACAAAGAAAUUGGAAUACUGGCAAACCAGCUUGACUGCCCAGUAUUGUCAUAUGACAGUGAUUUUUAUAUUUUACCUUUAAGUGCUGGCUUUAUACCUUUUGACAGUGUAAAUUUUACUUUGCAAGAAGGGAGGAGGGAAGAUGACAGUGUGUACCAUUAUCUUCCUGCGCGACGAUAUCAUGUGGACAAUUUUGUGAAAUUCUUUCCGUCACUGGGGAGAGAAGUUCUGCCACUGUUAGCUACCCUCCUUGGAAAUGAUUAUGUAGAUAUACGCAUAUUCCAUGCAUUUUAUUCCUCUGUCAGAUCACAUGAAAAUAUUAAAACACAGUUUAGGAUUCCAAAAACGCAUACAAAGAUGCAAAAAGUGAUCAGCUGGUUGGAAAGUUUAGAGAAUUAUAAUGAAGGCAUUGAGAAAAUUAUGUCAACAGCAUUAACCCCUAUUCAGAAAGAAACCAUUACAGUGGCAAUAAGGAAAACAUUGGAAGCAUUCACUGCCAAUGCCUCUGAUACCGAAUUUUCUUUGCAUUCCUAUUUCAUGGAAAAUGAAAAUUCAGAGGGAAAAUUGCAUUGUAUUGGAAACCCAAUAAAAGGUUACAAUGGAUCAAUCAUUCCGAGUUGGUAUGCGUGUCUUCACAGACAAGGAUUCCUCCCACCUAGUUCUUUGGAUGUCAUAACAUUGCACAGAAAGUUUCUCCUUCCUCAAGUAGAAGGCCCCAAAACAACAUCGUCAUAUCAUUGCAGUGUAAAACUAAGGGAAUGCAUGUAUGGAAUACUGCUCUCAGAAGACAUUGCUGUACUUGGAAAGACUGAAGAAAUGGCCCCAAACAGGAAAUGUGCUGUAGAGGAGUAUGAUCGAAACAAUUAUCAAUUAAAGAAAAAUAUUGUCUGUCCUGAAAUAAUGUUAGAAGGAUAUGGUUCACUCCCAAAGCUUUCAGAUAUUCCAGAGCUUUCACCCUCUGACAAAGAAAAUAUUGUCCGCUUGGUUUUGGAUAUUCCUUCUUUUGGCUUAGAUAACAUGACCAAAGAUCUGGAAUUUGUUUUGGGAAUAGUUUUAUUUUGGAUAAAAAAUGCAGACCCAAAAGUAACUGUUUAUCAUUUGAAGACAGUUCUGGUUUGUCUGUUAAUGCUGAAAGUGAAGUGGGUCCUAAUUCACCAUGGUGCUACCGGCUGUGAGGAGAACAUGAUAGAAACAGCAGUUCUUAGCAUGCCUACUGAAAAUAUAAAAGAGGUCAGAACCAAACUCCAUCCAUAUAGUGCUAGACCUGAACACAGCAGAAAGCAUCCAGUAGACAGCGAUUUGAUUCAUAGUUUUGCUCAGCUGCAAACCUGCAUUUUGGCUGCCAUGCACUUGAACUUUCUUUUGUUUUGCCCCUUCCCUAGUCCAAGUGUAUCCCACGUAUUUUCCGGGACUUUCCUGUACAACUUUUGCAUGGAGCUCCAGAAGCGAAGAAGUCCUGACAUGUUUAUCAAUGAACUGCUUUCAAAGGACUCAAAUCUUCAGCAAGUAUAUCAGUGCCUUUUAGAUGCAGUGAUGAAUGUACUAGAUCCUGAGGGUCUCACAGAAGAAUCUAAAUAUAAGAAAAGAAGCAAAGCCCAUAAAUGUAAAAGUAAGAAGGACAAAAAUACUGAGCAAAGUGCCUCCUCACCUGAAAAUGUGAAACCAGAAGUGAAAAAGAAACACAAAACCACAACACAAUAUGUUGCAAACUGCCCACUGACCAAUAGGUUUGCUUUUCUGGACAUGAGUGGCGAAAGCUUUGAUGAAAGUGAUGAAGAUGAAGAAAUGAAAGAUGAACUCUCUGUAUAAGAUGGAGAUAACUGGAGAUCUUGCUCAAGCAAAAUGCAAGUCAGUGACAAUUAUAUUAGCUGAUCUGGAUGCGAGACGACACGUCAUAAAAGUUAUGUGAUUAGAUUAUAGAAAUGUUGGAAAUCAAUUUAAGGAUUUACUUGUUGUUAAUGAAGAUACAACAUGUUUGUAAGUCAAAGUACUGUAAUGAAAUUUUUGGACAUGCAAGCAGAAUUUAAUUUCUAAAUUUUAAAGUUGUGACUUGAAAAAUUAAGGAGGUAUGGGACACCCAUUGAUAUUUAUGUGGAUAAAAGUAUAAAAAUAAUCAAGAUACUUUCAACAGUUUAGAAUUUUCGAAAUUUACAAUUAUUGAACCAAAACUAAGUUUUAAAAAGUUUGAAAAAGGUAAAAUAUUAAAUGCCUUAGCUGAAAUCAUGACUUACAGAUAAGUCAAAGUCAUUGCUUCCUACAAAUUGCGCUACACUGUAAGGUAACAAUUAUGGGAACGAACAGUUUUUAUAGAAUUACAGUUGAACUUUGAUACCUCGAGUAAUUAUAUCUCGAAUACAAUUGAUAGUCAAAGUGAUUUGUAAGUCUCAACCAUUUAUUUUUUACCCUCAAUAUGUCGAACACUUGGAUAUCUCGAAGUUUUUAAACAGUCCCAUCUAGUUUGAGAAAACGAAGUUUGACUGUAUACUUGAUUUUAUUUCGAUAGGAAGUAUGUCAUAACAUGGAGGUGUCCCACCAUAAUAUGCUCUGAGCUAUUCUCAAUCUAAUUACAAUUAGAUGUUAGAUCUGCUCGCUUACUCGCUACCCAGUGUAGCGAGAAAGCGAGCGGACAUAACAUCUAGUUUCAAUUAGAUUGAGCUAUUCUAUACCCCUACCGUGAAAUUUUCUUGUUCUAUUUUUUUAAAUUUGAAAUUCGUUGUACUUAACUUGAGCAUUAUUAUACAUGAUCAAUUAUCAAGACUUGAUAACCAUAUGUGAAUAAGAAUUUUAUCAGAUUUACGUAAAUUAUUAUAUGGUUAAUAAAUCAGUAUAUUAUAUAUUAGUGAAUCAGAAUAUGAAAGUUAUAUUUGUAGACAUAAUUGUUAUUGUCGAUCUAGGGUCACUAUGAAUCAAUGUAAACCUACUGAAAUCAAGAAUAUUAUAUAUGGUGCUUGAAUAAAGUUUUAUCAGUUUUCAUUCCA